AUGACUCACGCUUCUGCACUGCACGAGCGAGACGAGACAACCGACAUGACGACGACAACCAUGUACUUGGCAGUGAUCACGGGGACAGUCCUUGCGCUCCUGGUGCUGGGAUACGGCGUCCGCUUCUAUCUGUCCCGACGUAGGCAUGGCGACUCCUAUCGCAACCUCGACUUUGGGGCCGCCACCAUGAGCAGGGGCGACGUACUCCAGCGCGAAGAUCUCGAGGAAAGUUUUGUGGAGGAGGGGCGGAUCGAGUGGCAGUGUGUCGUGUGUGCACAUAUGAAUCACCCGGACAAAUCGAUUUGCGCGCUGUGCGGCGCCACGGAAGUGAUGGCCACGCAUCCGUCGAACGCGACGUCCGCCAUGCUCACGAGUAGCUUGUUGACGAAAUCGUUCCUCAUGCACUCGUUUCUCGACGGCGUCGUAGACGAAGACGGCCAUCCAUGUCCUCCGUCUUCGUCGUCAACGCGGCAUCCCAUCCCGCGCCUCUCCCUCCCCGAAGCUCGACAGCGAGCGCUCGUGUACCGCCGCAACAACAUGCAGCUCACCCAGCGACAGCGCCAAGCCAAGCGGCGGCGCUUGUGGCAGCGCGCACAACUUCCCACCGGCGAAUACGUGUGGGUCCGCACGGCCACGUUCGUCAACGCCCACGGCAACCGCGACGACACGUUCUUGGUGGCCAUGGCCGCAGCUGCCCAAUCAAAUCCGUCUAAGCAGCAACUAUCCCAAGCAACGACCCCAGCAACUCUGCAUUCCAAGGAAUCGCUGGACGAGAUGCUGCAUCGGAAGAACGCCGCGUCCUUUGGGUACAUUGUCAAGCAAAACAAGGAAACGGGCGACCUCGCGUGGAGUCGGGCGUCUCUGCCAGGUCGGCAGCAUUUGGAAGACAUUGACGAGGACUUGACGGACGAAGGAGGGCAUGAAGUAGACGUGGAAGGCACGAUGGCGCUGCCAUUUACGGCCAAGAAGACGUGGUUUGUCAAGAGGAUCAAGCAGCUAGUGACACUGCGCGUGGACUCGAUGUUUGCUAUCCGAGUACGUCGGCAGUUUAUAUUUGAGGACUCGGUCAAGCUACUGCAGCACUCGAUCGUCGCCGGUCGUAUUCGGGAAUACAUGCACAUUUCGUUCGAAGGCGAAGAAGGCUUGGACGCCGGCGGCAUCUUGCGGGAAUGGUACCUAUUGGUAUGCCACGAAGUCUUUAGCGCAACGUUAGGCUUGUUCUCGACCACGCACGCUGAGAACCAAAGCUACUGGAUCAAUCCAGCCUCGGCGCUGUCGAUGGGGCCUCGACACUUGGAGUACUUUCGAUUUGUCGGUCAUUUGCUUGGCCGCGGCAUCCAGGAAGGCCUUGUACUCAACGCGUACCUGAGUCUGCCCCUGCUCAAGCACAUCCUGGGCGUACCCAUCUCGUUUUCAGACUUGGAGUAUUUGGACCAGGACUUGUACAAGAGCUGCGUGUACGUCCGUGACCACACCGGCAUGGACGCGUUGAGUUUAACGUUUAGCAUGAUGGGCAACCACGGCGAAGAAAUCGAUCUCAAACCCAACGGCCGGCACAUUGAUGUGACAGACGCCAACAAACUCGAGUACUUGAGCCUCGUAUUGGAGUACAAAAUGCUGGGGUCGAUCGCCCCCCAACUAAAGGAAUUGCUCCUGGGACUGUACGAAGUGAUCCCCCGGUCCAUGCUGUCCGUGUUCGACUACCAGGAGCUAGAGUUUUUCAUGUGCGGACUCCCCAACAUCUCUGUGCCCGACUGGCGCAAGAAUACGACCGUGCGCUUCUUCCGUGACCACUCGGACCAGCAACACGAGGUGCUCGAGUGGUUCUGGGCGGUUGUUGAGGGCUUUAAUGACGUGGAGCGGGGCCGCCUGCUGCAGUUUGCGACGGGGUCGAGUCGGUUGCCGGUCGAAGGGUUCAAGGGGCUCACGAGCUCGGGCGGCCAGAUCUACCCGUUUUCGAUUCAAAUGGUUGACCGGGGACCCCCCCCUGCUGGCAUGUGCCCGAAAGCGCACACGUGCUUUAACCGGAUCGACCUGCCGCUGUAUCACAACUUGGACGAGUUGGAAAACUAUUUGAGCUUGGUACGUACGUUGUUAUAAUAUGGGAUGGUAGACUUACUACUGGAUGUGUUCAGGUCAUUCAAAUGGAAAUCACGGGGUUUGGGAUGGAAUAAUAUUGUUCGUCGGAACAGUAGUAUUGGCACUAUUAUUUAUAAAAGACCUACUAGUACUACUAUAUUAGUACUACUUAUGGCUAGAAUCAAUGGACAUUAAUGGCGUAAUAUUACGCCUUCGUCGG